CUUGAUUCUCAAUCGUAGAAGUUGCAGACAGAUGAACACUAUCAACUCCUCGACGUGCGGCUCCAACGAACAACCAACCUCCUUCACCACCCGCAUCCACAAUCAUGAUAUAAUCCUGCAUCUCAUCAUGAUAUAAUCUCUACUUCUGCAUAUAAUUCUCUCAUAUCUUCACACUCACAGAUGUCCUCGCGCUCGGUCUCGAUCGCGUACUACGACCCCUUCGGCGUCGCUCCCCACGUCAUCCGCGACAUCCAAUCCCGUCUCCCUCUCCGCAACCUCCACUGGAACCACCCACCCCGCCCGCUCCGCACAAUCGCCACUCUCUCCGUCAACCUCUACGAAGACACGCUUGCAGACGGCCCGCAGGCCCCGCAGCACCAGAUCCCGGGCCUGCUCGAUACGCCGUACAUGCGAAUCAUCCUCGUCAAAUGCGAAGACAACGACACCUACCGCGCCAGCGUGCGCAAAAUCAUCCGCGAGUGGUUCACGUCCAAAGUCGCAUCCCAGCGCGACUCAACCGAGUGGAUGCUCUUCUUCUUUGACCCACACUCCGCCACCGGCACCUCCUCCGCAGCCUCCUCCCUGCGCUUCAAAUCAAGCGUGUUCAACAAGAUCAAAGCGGACUUCAACACGAGCUCGAAAGAAGACCGCUGCGUGCUCGUCAAGAUGGGCUUGGAUCCUGCGGAUGAUCAAAAGAUGUGGACGGACGCUAUGAUUAGCAUCCGCGACGGGAUCCUCGACGCGUUUGGUAAACGCGUGCAGAUGUAUGAGGAUGAGGUUAAGAAGAUGGAGGCUAAGAAGACCAUCCCUGGAUGGAACUUUGCGACUUUUUUUGUGAUGAAGGAGGGACUGGCGCUCGCGUUUGAACAUGUCAGUUUACUCGAAGACGCCCUGAUUCAAUACGACGAGCUCGACGCGACUUUUAUGCAACUACUACAAGACAACACAAUCACCUUCUUCCAAACCGUCGGCUUCAACCCAGACUCCACCCCCAAACUCCUAACCCGCGACUCCGACUCCAAAGUCCGGCACUCGAUCCUCGAAAACAACAUCUCGCUCUUUGAUUUCCGCUGCUACCUGUUCUCGCGGCAAGCCUCGCUUCUUCUCCUGCUGAUGUCGACCUCGACCUCGCCGACUAUGACCGCGCUGCGCAUCUCGCAGUUCUUGCUGCGCACGCGCAACUUUGCGCUCGAAACGAGCAAGAUGCUUGUCUCGAAUGGGAAAAACCCGUUCCUGGUCGCGAAUUGGGUGUAUGGCAUCAUCCAGGAGGUCAUGGAUGCGACGGAGGUUCAGCCGAGGGUUAUCCAAGGCGGGCGCACGCGCGACGUGGCCGAGGGACGCGCGGAGCUGUUGUUGCUUGCGCGGUCGUCGAUCGAGCAGCUUGCGGCGCGGAAAGGGUGGUACGCGGACGACACCGGUAAUAACAACUUUGAAGACGUCAGCUUGGUGAAAGACGAGGCGGCUACAACCUCGAAAGAAGAGGAAGACGAGCUGCUGGACAAAUACUUAAACCCGAAGUUAAGAGAGAUAAUCAACAACCAGGAGAGUUUCAUGACGAGUUACAUGGACCUCACCGACUCCGCGCGCGCGUUCUACGAGUCCGCAGACCGCACGAGAUCGGUCGACAAGCUGCGCGCGCAAAUGGCGGUGAUCAAAUACCACCGCAAAGAGUACGAAGCCGCCGUGACGCUGAUCGCGUCGCUUCCGCAGCUGUACCUGCACCAGGGCUGGGAACUUAUCUCGACAAACCUGUACGUGAUCUACGCCGACUGCUUGUUCAAUCUCGGGCGGAAAGAGGAGUACUUGAAAGUCGCGCUGCAGAUCAUUGCUAGCAAGAAGAUUGUGAGCAAGGAUCUUGUUUCUGAGCUGUGUUUGCGCGUGAUUGAGAUCUGCGCGGACGAACGCAAGGCAGACGCAGAGCCGCUGUCGUUCCCGCUCGGAUCGCUGUUCACGACCUCGCUGGGUCGGAAGAUCACGGUGUCGGAGGUGGAGGAGGAUAAGUUCUCGGUCAAGCUCCAGGUCGAGAACCCGUUUGAUGUUGACUGGCCUAUGGACUCGAUCUCUGUCCGACUGGCGGAGCCCGCGGGGAUGAAAUACACCGUCCUGUUUGAGAGCAAUAGUAAAGUCCUCCUCAAAGCAGGCUCGACCUCGGAGCUGCAGCUCUGGACGACGCAUAGCGUGCCGGGCGUGUACGAGAUUGACAAUAUCGAGUUCAAGCUCGGCGCGCUGGUGUUGGUGAAAGACUACCACGGCAGCGAGGCAGGCGUGCUUCCGAACCAGCGCAUGCGCAUGUACCAGCAACCAGGCAGCAUGAACGUCAAGCUCUCGACCGCACGCAGCAUCCGACUCGAUGCGCCCAAACGGGUCACGGUCGAGGUGCAUACCGGGUGGAACGAGGUCGUGCGCGCAAAAGUGACGGCGCGGAGCGCGUCUAGUGGGACGAGGAUCGUGGUCGGCGACGCGAAGGGCGCGGUCGCGGCUGAGGGUGCGGCGGAUGAGGAGGAGGAGGACGCGCGGAAGCCGUUGGAGGUGAAGGGAGUUGCGGGCGCGCCGUCGACGGUCGAGGUCGGUGCUGUCGGGCGCGAGUCGGUGGUCUACCUGACGAUGCCGUACGUGGCCGAGGUCGACGUAAAAGAGCUAUAUCUGCGGGUAAUUGUCGAGUUCUCUACAUCUUCAGGCGAGAGCUACUCGGUCGCCGUAGUGCGACACGUCUCGAUCUCGCUCUCGCUCGCGGUCAACGUGCAGGACAUUUUCAAGUCGACCGCGCUGUUUUCCAAGUUUUCAAUCUCGUGCGUGGGCCUCGUGGUGCCGCUGCGGGUGCUCUCUGGCGAGUUGGUCGAGUGCGCGGAUUAUACCGUCAAAGGCGGGCGCGGGACGAUCGGCCGGGACUACGUCGCGUUUCCGAAGCAGCCUGUCACGUUUUCGUACCGGAUCGAGCGAAGCGCGUCGUACAUGGCUCCGCAGCGGAAGAAAGUUCCCCCCGAGCCUUUACUGCUCAAGAUCAAGUACCGCCGGCUCGAGGACGAGAUGCGGCACACGAUCAGCGAGCUUGUCCGGCGCAAGAUCGCCGAGGGCGAGUACGAGCGGCGGUUGAGCAAGUACCAGAUGCUGGUCGAGCUGCAUAUCUUGGCGCUGAUGAAGGUCGAUUUGGCGGCGUACGGGUUUUUGGAUAGGAUUGUGAUGGGGCCGUAUGUGCGUGCGCAGUGGGAGUCGUUGCUUUCGAUUGUGGAGGAGGCGGAUCGCGCGAGUUUGGAGCAGAUUUUGGAGCAGAUCUAUACUAACCUGGCAAGAGAGCCGGAAGAGGUACUCGGGACGCUCACGAAAGAACUCGUGAUCCCGGUCGAGGUGCCGACAGUGCAAGUCCUGUUCACGCUCGAACUUCUCUACACGCCCGUCGCGCUCGAUCCCUACGCUCCCGCCGAGCCGUCGCCGAUGCAAUUCGUGUUUUCAGACAAAGUCUUCUACGUCGGCCACCCGAUCCCCAUCACCGUCCGGCUAUCGUCCUCGCGCGGCUGGGCGCCGCGCAACAUCCCAGACAUCUUCUCCACCUCCGCGAUCGAGUUUUCCUACGACGUGACCGCCAGCGCGGACAACUGGUUAAUCUCCGGCAAAAAGAAGGGACAUUUCACAGUCUCGGACGCGGUGUUUGAAGUCGAGCUUCUGAUCCUGCCGCUGAAGCACGGGAAUUUGCUGUUGCCGACGAUCGAGGUGCGGCCGAGUUCGAAAGCGCACGAGAGUAUUUCUGCUGAGGUGGAGUAUAAGAAUAGUGCGGAGUCGGUGCUGGUUUUGCCGGAGGUUUCGAAUGUUAAUUUGGCGGUUGAGUGAUGUUGUUGUUGUAGUUUAGAAGAAGUAGAAGAAGUGAAUGUACAUAUUCGAUAUCAAUCAGCGAUGCGAGGAAGGCGUGCGGCGGGGGUAUAAACCACGAUUCAUAGAAGUUAUCGCCAUC